AAAAAAAAAAAAAAAACAAGGAACCAAGACUAACCCGGAUAGGAGAAGGCGGUGGUAUAUAAAACAAAAGAAGAAAAUAGUAUAUGGCGAAAUCAGUGAAGUUUAAACCCUAAUUCCCAAAUCGGAUUCGAUCUCGAGAAUCCCAAGUCCGUCUCUCGUCUCUCUCUCUCUCUCUCGAGAAUCCCAAGUUCGCUUUUCCUCUCUUAGCUCGUUUCGUCAUGUCUUGGUGCACGAUCGAGUCGGAUCCUGGUGUGUUUACAGAGCUCAUUCAACAAAUGCAAGUCAAAGGUGUCCAGGUUGAAGAAUUGUACUCCCUUGAUCUUGAUUCUCUCAAUAACCUCAAACCCGUGUACGGUUUGAUCUUUCUCUUCAAAUGGCAAGCUGGGGUAAAAGACGAUCGUCCAACAAUUCAAGAUCCAGUUUCUAACCUCUUUUUUGCAAACCAGGUCAUUAACAAUGCUUGUGCGACCCAAGCGAUCUUGUCUAUCCUCUUGAACUCUCCCCAGGUCGACAUCGGUCCUGAGCUAUCGACGCUGAAAGAGUUCACCAAGAACUUUCCAUCCGACCUCAAGGGCUUGGCCAUCAACAACAGCGAGGCGAUAAGGACUGCCCACAACAGUUUCGCAAGGCCCGAGCCAUUCGUCCCAGAGGAACAAAAGACUGCUACAAAAGACGAUGACGUCUACCAUUUCAUAAGCUACGUACCUGUGGAAGGAGUCUUGUACGAGCUCGAUGGUCUCAAGGAAGGACCUAUAAGCCUUGGCCCCUGCCCUGGGGACCAAAGCGGCAUCGAAUGGCUGCAGUUGGUUCAGCCGGUGAUCCAAGAAAGGAUCGAGAGGUACUCGCAGAGCGAGAUUAGGUUCAAUCUUUUGGCUGUCAUUAAAAACAGGAAGGAUAUUUACACGGCGGAGCUCAAGGAGCUUCAGAGGCAGAAGGAGCAGAUGCUCCAGGAGUUGGCUGGUGCGGAGAAGAGCCGUGCGGGAGAGCUUGAGGUGUUGAUUGGCGAGGUGAAGACUGGGAUAGAAGCUGUGAGCGAUAAGAUUGUGAUGGAGGAAGAGAAGUUCAUGAAGUGGAAAACGGAGAAUGUUAGGAGGAAGCACAACUACAUUCCGUUUUUGUUCAACUUCCUCAAGCUUCUUGCGGAGAAGAAACAGUUGAAACCUCUGAUUGAGAAGGCCAAGAAGCAGAAAACAGAAAGCUCCACUUGAGAAAUAACCAGAACUUUGUUUAUGUCCGUCUUGCCAAAAAGCAUUUGAUACACUCUCUUGUUGUUUAAGUCUUUUGUGUUUCUGUUUUUAUCACACAAGAAAUAGAUUUUCUCUAGAUGAAGUUGGUUUCUAAUGGCUUUGUUGGUUUUACACUCAAAAUUCUCUAUCUGAAAGGUUAUUAACUUAAAAA